AUGGCCGACGUCCAGGAGCGCCUCAAGAAGCUCGGUGCGAGCGCACGCAUUGGGUACGUUCUUGUCAACUUUUUCUUUUCCCAAGCCUCGAUCGGUUCUCGCUGGAAGACUGGCAAGGGAACUCCCCGGAGGAAGAUGAAGCGCGCGCCCGCGCGGUCCGGUGGUGAUGACAAGAAGCUCCAACAGACCCUCAAGAAGCUCAAUGUCCAACCCAUCCAGGCCAUUGAGGAGGUGAACAUGUUCAAGAGCGACGGCAACGUCAUCCACUUCGCUGCUCCCAAGGUCCACGCCGCUGUCCCCGCCAACACCUUCGCCAUCUACGGCAACGGUGAGGACAAGGAGUUGACCGAGCUCGUUCCAGGCAUUCUUAACCAGCUUGGCCCCGACUCGCUCGCUUCGCUCCGCAAGCUUGCUGAGAGCUACCAGAACAUGCAGAAAGCUGACGGCGACAAAGAGGCCGAUGAUGACGACAUCCCCGACUUGGUUGCUGGUGAGAACUUUGAGGACAAGGUCGAGUAA